CACAAAAACAAAACCAAACCAUGGAUGAGGAAGGAUCAAGGGGAAAAACCAAGGACGACGGCGGAGAUGUCCGUUACCGGGGGGUUCGGCGGCGGCCCUGGGGGAAGUUCGCGGCGGAGAUUCGAGACUCCACCCGGCAAGGCCAGAGGGUGUGGCUCGGAACUUUCAACACGGCGGAGGAAGCAGCCAGAGCCUAUGAUAGAUCUGCUUAUGCCAUGAGAGGUCCAUUUGCAAUCCUGAACUUCCCUGAGGAGUACCCUAUGACUGCUGGUGGUGCCACUAAUGCCGCCACCCAUUCCUCCGUCGCUUCAUCCUCCUCAUCCUCUUCUUCUAGGCAUGCAAAUGCGGAACCCAGAGCAAGAAGUGACCAAGGAACACAGGUGUUUGAGUUCGAGUACUUAGACGACAAAUUGUUGGAGGAGCUUCUAGACUUUGAGGACAAAAAGAAAAGGGGCCCCUGAAAACAAACACCCACCAUAUAUAUAUACUACUGUAUCAAACCAUGUCAUUUCAUAAUUUCUGUGUGCGUUCAUGUUAACGAUAAUGCUUCCAACCAUAGUAUCAUUUUCUCUGUCAUCAACUUAGCAUUCCUACGAUAAUGUUUUUGGAGACAAUGCUAUGUCUAAUGUUUAGUAAGAGGUAUCAUAUGGAGAUAUAGUAUAUCCAUUCCCCCAUCAAGUUCCUCAAUGAUGCUUAAUUACACACAUCUAUAAGCACAAAAAAUAAUUUAACCCUUGUUUCUUACGUAUGC